AUGUCGGAUUUUCUUCAACCACCGCCGCCAACAAAUGUGUUCCAAUUGUCCUUCCCCAGACCGAAAAUAUUACUAGUGACGAUCAAUCGUGAGAAACAACGAAAUUCACUACCUGCCGAGGCUCAUUGGGAAGGCCAUGCUAUAUUCUCUUGGUUUGACGAUGAGCCCGGUUUGCUAGUGGCUGUAGUCACUGGAGCUGGCGACAAAGCAUUCUGUGCCGGGCAGGAUUUGGCAGAACAGGCUUCUUCCCAGGGGCCUAAGACGGCGGCCCAGAUCGCGGUGAUGAACCACCCGCCGACGGGGUUCAUGGGCCUUAGUCAACGCAGAGGCAAGAAGCCCGUGAUCGCUGCGGUAAAUGGCUUUGCGCUAGGGGGUGGCUUUGAGAUAUGCCUCAAUUGUGACAUGGUAGUUGCAUCGCCUCAGGCUCUAUUCGGCCUGCCUGAAGUUGCAGUGGGGCUCUAUGCUGCAGCUGGAGGCUUGCCCAGGUUAAUGCGGAUUGUUGGUCUUCAGCUCGCCUCUGAGAUUGCGAUGACCGGUCGCAAAUUGACGGCCAGAGAGGCGCUGGAAUAUCGGCUUAUCAAUCGAGUCUCCCAAAGCUCUCAGUCGGUUGUUGACGAAUGUCUUGAUCUAGCGAGCCAGAUUACCAAUUUCUCUCCAGAUGGCAUCAUUGUAACGCGUCAGGGACUACGCGAGGCGUGGGAUAAUGCAAGUGUCGAGCAUGCUACUUCGCGGACCAGGCAUGAAUACAUAAACCGCUUGGUUGCGGGCGAGAACUUUAAGAUCGGAGUCCAGGCGUUCGCAAAUAAAACAAAGCCGAAAUGGGCUCCAUCGCGUCUAUGA